GAAAUCCUAACGUCAUAAGACUGUAAGUUUCGCUUUCCUGACAGUUUGAUAUAAUAAGAUCUACAUCGUAUUCAGAUAGCCAUGCAGCGCACAGACGCCUCACGCACUUUCACACAGCAAGUGAAGACUUAAUAUUGUUAAAGUUAGUGGCAUAACCAUUGUGUCACCAUGGGAGUCAGAGGACUGAAGACCUACAUUGAAAGCAGGAACAAAAAUGAUUUAAGGAGCUGGGCUUUUAACGACAAGAAACUUAUAAUUGAUGGAUGUAAUUUAUACUACACCCUGUACUUUGACUAUAAGUUGGAUCAGAUGCAUGGAGGAGACUAUGACGCCUUUGAGGAGUUGAUCACAGAAUUCUUUAAGAACCUCACAGCCUGCGACAUUCACCCUUAUGUUGUACUUGAUGGCGCAGCUGACCACACGGACAAAAAAUGGGAAACUAUUAGGCAACGAAAACAGGACAAAAUAAAUGCAGCCUUGGCCGUGUCUGAGGGGAAGAAAGAAAAGGUCCUUCCUAUUCUCAUUGGUAAUGUUUUCAGACAGCUUCUUCAUAAGCUCAAGAUACCGCUGGUUCAGUGCAUUGAAGAAGCUGACUGGGAAAUUGCUGCUUUGGCUGAAGAGUGGAACUGUCCAGUUUUGUCCAAUGACAGUGACUUCUAUAUAUUCAACCUCAAGGCGGGAUUCCUGCCAAUCACACAUUUCCAGUGGGAAACCGUGAAACAGGACAGACGGACAAACAAAAAAUUCAUCCAAGUCAAACACUUUACAGUGAGAAAAUUCUGUGCAUCUUUCAAAAUGAACACAAACCUUCUACCAGUUUUUGCUUCUAUCUUAGGCAAUGAUUAUGUGAAGCUGCAAAAUAUCAGAUGUAUGAAUUGGGCAGAGCACUCAGUUACGGACAAACCGCAUCCCCACAUAGAUGGCUUGCUUAACUGGUUAUCCCAGUUUCCAGGGCCAGAAGUGGCUGUAAGUGCUUUGUUGAAAACAAUGUCCGACAAUGAAAAAGCCAUCACCAAAGAAGCACUAUCCAAGGGAAUCCAAGAGUACAAGCUCUUCCCUGGCUCUCUUGCCAAGUUCUUCCAAUUAAAGAUGAUUCCACCAACAACUUGUAAAGGACGUCUGCAAGUUCUACCUCAACGCACCUUGAUGCUCCUACUUGAGGGAAAGAUGAGCUCCUCCAUUAUCGAUGCAGUAAUGAAUCAGAGGGUUUUAAUGACAUCUCAAGUUGAAGAUUUCCAACUCCCCUGUAGCAGUGAAAUCUCUCGCCCCAUACGCCAGGUGAUUUACGGGUUACUUUUGUUGGGAGAACAAAGAUCUACUGGCACAAGUAAGUGUUAUGUGGAGGAAUACUUCAGACAGCAAACAAAACUAAGCAGUCAGAAAGUUGAAGGCUUACAGACCAUGGAUGGACUUCAGCUAAAAACUUUAUUGGAGGAACCACUCAGUGUGCGACUUCAGGUGCUCCUGGACACUUUAGGUGUGUCGUCUGAGAUGUUAAGAGGGAUCCAACCUGAUCUACAUCUGCAAAUAUUUGUGACACGUUACUGGCUAGUAAACGCACAGCCUCAGCCGUCCCAAAUGCAUCUUUGGGGGCUGCUGCUGGGAAUGGUCUAUGGAAAGUUCAGCAGUACACUUAAAGGACAAAGAGACAUGCCGUUGGGACCUAAGAAACUACAAACUGCUGGAAGAAGGAUUGAUCUGGAGCAUGAAACGGCUCAUCUAUACAGCCAGUGGCAGUCCUGCCUGAAGUGGAGUCUCAGUCUCAAUAGUUUACUGUGUUUUCCGGUGUCUGAACCAGAGAUUGCAAGUUUGUACUCUGGAAUAUGGCUGCACCAAGUCGUCCGUGAGCUCAGAAGAGGCAGGCCUCUGGACAGUCUGCUGGAGAGGGGUUCGAGCGCAGAGCGGCUCUUCAAACAGCUAAAGGACGUAGUUGAAAGCUUGGUUGGUGAAAACUUCAUCAAGAAAAUGAGAACCGGGCUCGAGCAAAGAACUGUUGGGAACACACACAGAGACUACAAUGGCCAUAAUCAGCCUAUAGAUGAACUGAGCAGUUACUUUGAACAUCUGAUGUAUGAGUAUGACUAUGAAGAUGAUGAUGAUCUUAAUGAGAAUUUAAGGAAAAGUAAAGCCAAGUAUCAUCCUGACAUUUCCUGCACCAUCCGUACCAGACACAAGUCUAAAGCUCGCAAUGCUAAUCAUCCCUCAAAAAAAAUAUGAAAGGAGUUGCUUUGAUUAGACCUUAAAGGACUUUGCAAAUGUUUGCAAGAAUACACUUAUAUUGGAAAUGAGAUAAGACAUGCCAGGAAACCAGAAUAUGACAGCUUGUCUACUGUAUACCACAAUCACAUUAUUUAUUGAUUUAAGCUAAAAAUCAUUUUAUGAUAUUUGCAUUAAGGU